CUGUUGCGCGGGUGAGGGCCAGGGCGGGGUGCCAGCAGGUAUAAGGCAGCCGGCCAGGGUGCCCAGAGCCCCACCUCGCCAGGAGAACAUGCAGCUGCACCAGGGGCUCCUGCUGGCCGCCGUCCUGAGCUUGCCGCUGGCUCAAGCCAUGUGGUGUCACCAGUGCCAGGGCUUCAGAGGGUGCUCCCGCGAGUUCAGAUGCCCCAGGGACUCCACCCACUGCGUCACUACUGCCACCCGGGGCCUGAACAACCCUGGGGACUUGCCUCUGGUCACCAAGUCAUGCCACAGGGGCUGCCCCAAUAUCCACGACCUGGGCCUGGGCCCCUACGUGUCCAUUGCUUGCUGCCAGGCCAACCUCUGCAACCAACAGUGACGGCCGCCCUCCUCCAGGACCUUGGACGCUCGGUCCCAUGGCCCCACCCCAGGCCUGGCGCUCAGGGCCGCCCUCCCUCGAGCCUGGCCAGACCACACCUCGCGGCCUCGGCAAUCACCAUCCAGCACUCCUUGUCCUCGGGGGUCCUUCAUGGAGUCCUGCCUAAAUCUGCUGCUGUCCGAGCCUGGGGCCCUUAGGACCUGCCAUCCCUUCCAGUCCUGACCUCCCCCCAAUAAAAUGGAUCACUU